AUGAAUAGCCAAAAGCGUCCGUUCGCUGCUAUAUUCAGCUCGACUCUGGAUGACGCCGAGACGUCAAAGCGACAAAUGAAGGACGCGUUGUACACCGAAUCUAUGGUCGUUGAGAGUCUGGAUGAUAACAUGUCGGACAAAAUCAGUCCUUAUCAGUGGAGUAUUGAAUCAGAUGAACCGACACAAUUUGAGGCUGGGUGUACGUCAUUUUCUAACGAUGAACCGGUUAUGUCAGAUCUUGUUACAGUUGACAUAACUCAACUGUCCCACGAUACAUUGUGCUGUGAUGAAGAAUCCGGCAAUGGCGAAAUGCUUAAACUUGGAUCGUGCUACGGAACGGCCGACCGCAGCACCAGAGAUUUAGAGGGCCGCACCAUCACUUCUUCAAAUACAAUCGACAUAUUAUCAAAUGUGUCAUCUCGUAGCGCCAAAACUCGUGGCCAAGGAAUGCGGUAUACUAUGCUGGAAAAAGAUCUUUUUACAUAUAGAUUCAUACAAGGAGUUAAGGAACUCUACGAGUUCGAUCGAGCAAACACUCCUUCACCGCACAUUCGGACAGUGCAACGUUAUUUAAGCAAAAGUGCUGAAUGUUCUACAGAGGGCAAGCUGAUAAUAAAAGAGCUGAAGGAAUAUCUGGAAAGAAACCGAUACCCACUUGCAAUAUGCUGGAGCGAAGAUGCGACCAGAAUUACCGGUGGCAUUGAAUAUAAUCUGAACGAAGACAAACUCUCUGGUCUGGUAGCACCAAUCGGCACAAAUGGAAUGCCCAUCAUGAACCUAUUUAAAUGUUCUUCGCCACGGAAAGUUUUAGCGGAUAUACAAGAUAACCCCAUCGGACGCAACGUUCAACUAUGCAUGGCUCAACCCAUUUGUAUGGACGCAGCUCCAUUUUGUAUACUUUACAACUGCACGAACAAUAAAUUUUCAACAACCGAUGUUCUAAACAAGUGGAACUUUGUUCAAGCUGAAAUGGACAAAGAAGACAUUAAAGUUGUUUGCAUGGCAACUGAUGGUGAUAGCCGAUUCAUUGGAGCUAUGCUGAAAAAAAUGAAGCUACCGAAUCAUAACGACAAUCCCUUUGGUGCUUGGUUCGUAUCCAACACCAACAAUGACAGUCUAUGCGUUCAGGAUCCAACUCAUCUAGCGAAUAAAUUUCGGACGAGGCUUGUCAAUCAGACCAAGCAGUUGAUACUCGGUCGGUUUCAAGUAUCGAAAAUACAUUUAGAAAAACUAGUGCGUGAUGUUUCGAAAGACCAACACGGCUUGGCCGAAGGAGCCCUUAGUGAUAAGGACAAGAUGAAAUUUCGACCAGUAGAAAAAAUUACAUCUGAACAAGUCAUGUCAAGCCUCGAUCAGCAUAUUCCUCUUUCCAACGGCACUGUGGCAUACCUGAAAAUUAUUUCAUGCAUUAUAUCCUCGUACAUGGAUCCAUCGUUAUCGCCGUCGCAUCGAAUCUUUAACGUGUGGUGAGUGAUGGGCAUUAGUACGCCUACAUCAUACACAUAGAAUUAGA